AUGUAUGAGACAAGAGCUUCUUGGGCAAGCACCUUCAUGCAAGACAAAUUUUUUGCCGGUAUUAGGAUGACAUCCUUAUGUGAAGGUAUUAACUCAUUCAUAAAGAAUUAUCUGCAUUGUAAGUGUUCCUUGUUGGAUUUUCUUUUCAAUUUUGAGCGGGCUAUGAAGAAAUACAGGCACAAUGAGUUGGAAUCUGAUUUUAAGUCUUCUUAUGGUGAGCCUGUUAUGACAACAGCACUUAGUGGCAUUGAGUAUGGAGCUGCCAAAAUAUUAACAAGGAGCAUGUUUUGGGAAGUCAAGGGUCAAAUUGAAGAUGCCCUGGGGCUAAAUGUGGAGCGUUCUGAGGUGGCCAAUAUUGUGAUGAUGAAAAUGAGAAAAAUUAGCAAUCGCAGAAAAGAAUAUAUUGUUGUUUAUGAUAAGAACCAGAAAAAGUUUGUAUGUGAAUGUGGUUAUUUUGAGUUUUAUGGCAUCCCUUGUUCUCAUAUAAUAGCUGGGAUGAGAAGUGAGUAUAUUGAUGAAUUUCCAAGCAAUCUAGUUUCUAAGAGGUGGUUGAAAAUAGCCAAGUCUGCUCAUGUGUAUUCAAUUUCAGAGCCUAGUAUUCAUUCACAGAAUAUGAAAUUGUUGCGAAAAGGAGCUAUGUCUGCCGCAUGCAACUAUCUCGCAGAAAUAGCAUGCGAAAAGGAUGAUGAUUUCUCAAGUGUAAUGGAAGACAUUUAUAAGCUGUUGAGGGAUGUUCAGAAGAGUCGCAAACCGGGUUGUACAACAAAGAGUGCAGCCUUUAAUGUGGGUGAUCCAACUGUUGUACAGGGUAGAGGUGCCCCCAAGAAGACCAGAACUGUCACCAAGAGAAGGCAUUGCUCAAAUUGCAGGGGUAUUGGACACAUGAUUCGUACGUGA